UGGCCUCUGGUUGCCGUACCCGCUUCCCGCCCGGCUUUCCUGGGUGGCGGAGAGCGAACCCACCCCAGCCUGGGUUGGGGGAGGGGGCGUCGGCGCAGGGUCCCGUGGGCAGAGCUGCGCUGGGAGCCGGCGGGCUCCGCAUUCAUCAUUGUUCCUCCAGCGCCUGGCACGGGCUGGGCCGCAGCAGGGACCGUGGUCUGAAGCGCGCCAUCCCCUCCGCGUUGCCCGCCCGCCAAGCUCUCCGCCCACAGGUGUUGCCAGGGCUCCUUCCACCGGCCGGACCGAGGGACGACCCAGGGGCCAAACCUGGCCCGCGGCUGGCCGAGAGCACUACAGCCGGCGGGCGCUGGCGGGCGCGGGGCGCACGGGGCCGCGGAGGGACCCGCGCGCGCCCCCGCCUCGCGCCGCGCGCACGUGACUGCGCCCCCGGCCUGCCCCCCGCCCCCACUGGCCGCUCGACCGCUCGCGGGUCGGCCGGCUCUAUGGGGAAAGCGGCCGCUCCGAGCCGAGGCGGCGGUUGUGGCGGCCGCUCCCGCGGGCUCUCGUCGCUGUUCACGGUUGUCCCCUGCCUGUCGUGCCACACGGCGGCGCCGGGCAUGAGCGCUUCCACGUCCGGCUCCGGGCCGGAGCCCAAGCCCCAGCCCCAGCCCGUGCCCGAACCGGAGCGGGGACCGCUGUCAGAACAGGUGUCAGAUGCAGUUUCGGAGGCAGUGCCAAGAUCGGAGCCUGUGUCCGAGACGACGUCUGAGCUGGAGCCAGGGUCUGGGCAGGCAUCGGAACUGCUGCAGGGGUCGCGGCCCGGGUCAGAAUCAAGUUCAGGUGUAGAGGCUGGGCCCUUCACUAAGGCCUCAUCAGAGCCGCUCUCCCGGGCGGUGGGGAGCGCGCCCUUUCUCAGACCCGAGUCAGGAUCGCUGCCAGCGUUAAAGCCCCUGCCUCUUCUGCGACCAGGACAGGCGAAGACUCCUCUUGGGGUUCCAAUGUCGGGGACUGGCACGACCUCCAGUGCCCCACUGGCCUUACUGCCUCUGGACAGCUUCGAGGGCUGGCUUCUCAAGUGGACCAACUAUCUGAAGGGCUACCAGCGCCGCUGGUUCGUGCUGGGCAAUGGUUUGCUCUCUUACUACAGAAAUCAGGGUGAAAUGGCCCACACGUGCCGUGGAACUAUCAACCUGUCCACCGCGCACAUUGACACGGAGGACUCUUGUGGUAUCUUGCUGACCAGUGGGGCCAGGAGCUACCACCUCAAGGCCAGCUCAGAGGUGGACCGGCAGCAGUGGAUCACCGCCCUGGAGCUGGCCAAGGCCAAGGCUGUCCGCGUGAUGAACACUCAUUCAGAUGACUCUGGGGACGACGACGAGGCUACCACCCCAGCCGACAAAAGCGAGCUGCACCACACCCUGAAGAACCUUUCCCUGAAGUUAGAUGACCUCAGCACGUGCAAUGACCUCAUUGCCAAGCACGGCGCCGCACUCCAGCGCUCCCUGACAGAGCUGGAUGGCCUCAAGAUCCCAUCCGAGAGUGGGGAGAAGCUGAAGGUGGUGAACGAGCGGGCCACCCUCUUCCGCAUCACAUCCAAUGCUAUGAUCAACGCCUUUCCCCCUGCCUCAACCUGCGGGGAGGAGACCUUCAUCUGUCCAAUGGGGGUGACAGCACUCCUCCCACCUGGAGAAUUUUGCCAGGCCUGCAGGGACUUCCUGGAACUAGCAGAGAUACACAGUCGGAAAUGGCAGCGGGCACUGCAGUAUGAGCAGGAGCAGCGUGUGCACUUGGAGGAAACCAUUGAGCAGCUGGCCAAGCAGCACAACAGCCUCGAGCGGGCCUUUCGCAGUGCCCCCGGCCGGCCGGCCAACCCCUCCAAGAGCUUCAUUGAGGGAAGCCUCUUGACUCCCAAAGGAGAGGACAGUGAGGAAGAUGAAGAUACCGAGUACUUUGAUGCCAUGGAAGACUCCACAUCCUUCAUCACUGUGAUCACCGAGGCCAAGGAAGACAGAAAAGCUGAAGGUAGCACCGGGACAAGUUCUGUGGACUGGAGCUCAGCAGACAGUGUACUAGAUGGUGCCUCGCUCGUGCCCAAGGGUUCAUCCAAAGUCAAGAGGCGAGUCCGCAUUCCCAACAAGCCCAACUACAGCCUUAACCUCUGGAGCAUCAUGAAGAACUGCAUCGGCCGGGAGCUCUCCAGGAUCCCCAUGCCGGUGAACUUCAACGAGCCCCUGUCCAUGCUCCAGCGGCUGACAGAGGACCUGGAGUACCACCACCUGCUGGACAAGGCGGUGCACUGCACCAGCUCAGUGGAGCAGAUGUGCCUGGUGGCUGCCUUCUCUGUGUCCUCCUACUCCACCACGGUGCACCGCAUCGCCAAGCCCUUCAACCCCAUGCUGGGGGAGACCUUCGAGCUGGACCGCCUCGACGACAUGGGCCUGCGCUCCCUCUGUGAGCAGGUGAGCCACCACCCCCCGUCAGCUGCGCACUACGUGUUCUCCAAGCACGGCUGGAGCCUCUGGCAGGAGAUCACCAUCUCCAGCAAGUUCCGGGGAAAAUACAUCUCCAUCAUGCCGCUAGGUGCCAUCCACUUAGAAUUCCAGGCCAGUGGGAAUCACUACGUGUGGAGGAAGAGCACCUCAACUGUGCACAACAUCAUCGUGGGCAAGCUCUGGAUCGACCAGUCAGGGGACAUCGAGAUUGUGAACCAUAAGACCAAUGACCGGUGCCAGCUGAAGUUCCUGCCCUACAGCUACUUCUCCAAAGAGGCAGCCCGGAAGGUGACAGGAGUGGUGAGUGACAGCCAGGGCAAGGCCCAUUACGUGCUGUCUGGCUCAUGGGAUGAACAAAUGGAGUGCUCCAAGGUCGCGCAUAGCAGUCCCAGCAGCCCCAGCUCUGACGGGAAGCAGAAGACAGUGUACCAGACCCUGUCAGCCAAGCUGCUGUGGAAGAAGUACCCGCUGCCGGAGAAUGCGGAGAACAUGUACUACUUCUCAGAGCUGGCCCUGACCCUCAACGAGCACGAGGAGGGCGUAGCGCCCACUGAUAGCCGCCUGCGGCCCGACCAGCGGCUGAUGGAGAAGGGCCGUUGGGACGAGGCCAAUACCGAGAAGCAGCGGCUGGAGGAGAAACAGCGCCUGUCGCGGCGCCGGCAGCUGGAGUCCUGCGGGCCCGGCAGCAGCUGCAGCUCGGAGGAAGCAGAGAAGGAGGCGGAUGCCUACACGCCACUGUGGUUUGAGAAGAGGCUGGACCCGCUGACCGGGGAGAUGGCCUGUGUGUACAAGGGCGGCUACUGGGAGGCCAAGGAGAAGCAAGACUGGCACAUGUGCCCCAACAUCUUCUGAGCGCCACCCUUGCAGCAAAUACAGGCGCCUGCACAGCCCGGCCCACCUGUUCAUUAAUGCACUCAAUUUAGUACUGAAUGGUCUUUCUCCCAGCCCAUUCCCAGCCCUUCCUAUUUCCUUUCCUAUUUCUUUUUUUCUCCACACUUUCUUGGGACUCCCACCUUGGAAGGAGGAAGGGCUGACCUGGGUUUUCUCCAGCCCCCAGGUGCGCUGGGUCACCCGUGCCCCUUCAUUAUGGACCUGGGCCCUACUGGAACCCCUGCCCCAGUUACCACAACUCAGGCCGGCUGGCCCAGGCCAUGGGCUGCGCAAAUCACCAGCCCCCAACCCAGGGAUGAACUAGCCCCUUCUAGGGAGCCUCUUCAACUUUUUUAGAAAAAUGAUCUCCAUUUCUUUCCAGCUGUGAUGUUUAGUAAAUAUUUUUAGUACCGCACUUAGCAGACAGCUUUCCAAGUGUGCUUUCUUGCCACAAAAGUGUCCUGGCAAGAGCCCCUUAUUUUUAAGACAUCAGGAAGCCAGACCCCUUUGAGUUGGGAGAAUUUUGUAGCUCAACAUAUCAAGUCCUCGAUGGUAUCUGAGCUGCCCACACCCCCACCUGCCAGGGCCCCACAGAGCCCGAAACUGAAGGGGGCUGCCCCAGCCCAGCAGAGCACAGAGAGUUUCUGGAGCUCCUACCCACAGAUGCAGGAGGGGGUACUGAUGGCAUCCCCCUGGUGGAUUUGAGGGCAGCAGUCCCUGGCCUCGCCCUAGCCGGCCUGGGUGGCUCCCUAGCCCCAAGAGGCCAGGAAGGGCUGGAAGGCAGGGCCUGCAGGUGCUCCCCGCCCUGAGACCCAGGCCCCAAAUCAGCAAUAAUGAACAAACCCUUGGCCCGGCCUGGGCUGGUGACCCGGGCAUCAGAGACCUUGCAUCCCUCCUCAUCCUAGGAGGCCCCUAGGGGUGCCCCAUCUCAGUGCCCCCUGAACUCUUUAUUUGCCUAAUUUAUAUAUAUAUAUAUGAUAUAUAAAUAUAUAUAAAAUAGCUAUUUUGCUUAAAUUUCUACAGUAUGUAAAAGUGAAAAAAUGAUGAAGACGGGCACACCUGUCUGAGUUUGGCCCUCAUGUCAGCUGCGCCCUUCCCUCUCCUCAUGCCCCCUUCCAGCGGCUUCUGCCAACCAUGUGGGGCUGGACCACCAUGGCCACUGACCCAGCCCCUCAGAAUCCCACACUCCAAUCCUUUCUAUUUCAGUUUAGUCCUAAAAGUUCAUCACAGGGUUUUUAUUUCUACUCCAGGACUGGUUUUGUUUUUAUAUAUAUAAAAAAAAAAGUGAAAACACCAACAUGUGAAAUGCCUUACCUUACGAUGCCCACUGGAGAGGCGGGGUGGGGUGGGGCAGGACAGCCCCACUGGGGCUCCCACAGAGCUGUGGAAUGUACCUCUCCCCAACACUGUUUUGUUAGCGAGCACCUUUUGACCAGUAAUAAAAAACCUUGGCUUUGGAGUUUUCCA